GACCUUUCAGAGCCGGGAGGGCGUUCGGGGGCGUGGGGCGCGCUGCGGAGCGGAGCCGUGGCUCGACGGCCCUGCGCUGGGGGCGAGUGUAUGCAGGCGGCGCCCGGCCCGAACCCCGAGCUCCGCGGGGCUCCCCACCCGCCGGCCUCCCGCCCCUCCCGCGCCUCCGCCUGGGGACCACGUCGGCCUUUUGUUGCCGAACCGUCCUUUCUUUCAGCGCUUUGCGCAGCAACGGACAUUUCAUUGCUCCUGGGUGGAAAUUAAAGGGACUCCGCGAUCGCUCUCUCCCUCUCCCUCUCCCACUCUCCCUCUCUUUCUCUCUCUCGCCCACCCUUUCCCCUUCUUCCCCCACCUUUCCCGCGAAGCCGAAGUCAGCAUCGCCAAGCGCGGGAGCCCGCUCCGAGCACCUCGCCGCGGCCCGGCUGCCGCCCCUUCCAUGGGCGCCGCGCUCGCCUGCAGCCGCCGCCGCCGCGGGGUGGGCGCGAUGCCACGAUGGGCCUAAUCUGGCUGCUGCUGCUCAGCCUGCUGGAGCCGGGCUGGCCCGCAGCGGGUCCUGGGGCUCGGUUGCGGCGCGAUGCGGGCGGCCGCGGCGGCGUCUACGAGCACCUUGGCGGGGCGCCCCGGCGCCGCAAGCUCUACUGCGCCACGAAGUACCACCUCCAGCUGCACCCGAGCGGCCGCGUCAACGGCAGCCUGGAGAACAGCGCCUACAGUAUUCUGGAGAUAACAGCAGUGGAGGUGGGCAUUGUGGCCAUCAGGGGUCUCUUCUCCGGGCGGUACCUGGCCAUGAACAAGAGGGGACGACUCUAUGCUUCGGAGCACUACAGCGCCGAGUGCGAGUUUGUGGAGCGGAUCCACGAGCUGGGCUAUAACACAUACGCCUCCCGGCUGUACCGGACGGUGUCUAGUACGCCUGGGGCCCGGCGGCAGCCCAGCGCGGAGAGACUGUGGUACGUGUCUGUGAACGGCAAGGGCCGGCCCCGCAGGGGCUUCAAGACUCGCCGCACGCAGAAGUCCUCCCUGUUCCUGCCCCGCGUGCUGGACCACAGGGACCACGAGAUGGUGCGGCAGCUGCAGGGUGGGCUGCCUAGACCCCCUGGUAAGGGGGUCCAGCCCCGACGGCGGCGGCAGAAGCAGAGCCUGGGUGGCCUGGAGCCCUCGCAGGUUCAGGCCCCGAGACUGGGCUCCCAGCUGGAGGCCAGUGCGCACUAGCUGGGCCUGGUGGCCACCGCCAGAGCUCCUGGCAACGUCUUGGUGUGGCAGCCUCUCGACUCUGACUCUCCUCCUUGAGCACUUGCCCCUGCGUCCUGCCUCUGGGUUCUCAGCUAUUUCCAGAGCCAGCUCAGAUCAGGGUCCAAUGGGAACUGAAGAGGGCCCAAGUCGGAGCUCAGAGGGGGGUGCCUGCAAUGCAGGGCAUUUGUGGGUCUGUGUGGCAAGAAGCUAGCAGGGAAGGGCCUGAGUGCCAGCCCUGGCAGACCGAGGAGCCUCCCAGGAGCAGCAGGGCAGCGUGGGGCUUUGUGUCAUCAAAACAUUAAAGUAUUUUAUUCUA